UCGGCGAAAUAUCGUUGUUCAGCCCUGAGAGUAGCCAUCUUUGUCAAAACAGGAAAAGAAGGGACAUUUGUUGAAAAAAAUUAGUGAAAUUUGGUCGUUGAGAAACUGCCAGGUUCAUCAUGGAAGAGGAAUAUGAUUUAAUCGUUUUAGGGACUGGUUUGAAGGAGUGUAUUCUGAGUGGAUUGUUCUCAGUCAGUGGGAAGAAAGUCCUUCACAUGGACAGGAACUCGUACUAUGGAGGAGAGAGUGCUUCCCUGACUCCACUGAAAGACUGUUUUAAACACUUUGGUUUUCCUGAUCCUCCAGAGGACUUUGGUGCAGGCAGAGACUGGAAUGUGGACUUAAUUCCCAAGUUUCUUAUGGCCAAUGGCCAACUUGUCCAUUUGCUAAUUUAUACCAAAGUGACAAGAUACCUAGAAUUCAAGUCUGUGGAAGGCAGUUUUGUCUACAGGAAGGGCAAGAUAGACAAGUUACCGUCUACUGAAAAAGAAGGCUUAACCUCUGGUCUGUUAGGAUUAUUUCAAAAGAAUAAAUUGCGCAAGUUUCUGUCUUUUGUCCAUGAUUUUGAUGCCGACAACCCUGCGACACACAAGAUAUCAAAAACACAUGAUGCCACAAAAAUUACCAUGAAGCAGUUUUAUGAUGAAAUUGGUUUGGACGAGAAUGCUACAGAUCUAAUAGGACAUGCCAUGGCGUUAUACAGAAAUGACAAGUAUUUUGACGCACCCGCAGUGGAGGGAAUUGCCAAGGUCAAGCUUUAUUUUGAGUCCCUGGCAAAGUAUGGCAAAUCACCUUACUUGUACCCACUGUAUGGACUAGGAGAGUUACCACAAGGUUUUGCAAGGUUGAGUGCAAUCUACGGAGGUACAUACAUGCUGAACAAGGAGAUUGAUGAAAUUGUGAUGGAGGAUGGCAAAGUGGCUGGGGUCAGAUCUGGGGAGGAGGUGGCGAAAUGCAAGAUGGUCAUUUGUGACCCAACCUACUAUAAGGAGGGGUGCAAAAAGGUUGGACAGGUGGUCCGUGCCAUUUGUAUACUGACAAACCCAAUUCCUAACACUAACGAUGCCCCAUCGUGCCAGAUUAUUAUUCCACAAAAUCAAGUGAACAGACAUUCUGAUAUCUAUGUGUGCUGUGUAUCUUCUACCCAUAAUGUGUGUUCCAAGGGACAUUACUUGGCCAUUGUGAGCACCACAGUAGAGACUGACAACCCAGAAGCAGAACUGAAGGUUGGACUGGACUUGCUAGGCCCUAUCAAACAAAAGUUUGUAAGUGUGAGUGACCUGUUUGAGCCAACAGAAGAUGGAGUAUCAACUCAGCUGUUUGUCUCCAAGUCGUAUGAUGCUACGACCCAUUUUGAGACAACAUGCCAGGAUGUACUAGACAUUUACCGCAAAGCGAUGGGCCACGAAUUUGACUUCAGUCAAGUUAAGCAUCAGUUGGGCGAUGAGGAGCAAUAGAAAGAAGAAAAAGACAAAACUGGAAAAGCUGCAGCUGUGAUGACCAGAAUGAUUGAUUAAUUGAUCUAUGUUUGUUAUUUCACAAGCAGCCCUAUGUAUUAUAUAUUUUGCAUGUGUCCCUUGUAUGGAACGACUUCUGUGUGUGUGUGCUCUGCAGUAUUGUGGAUCUAAAUAUAAAUGUCAUGUAAAGCUUGUAUUAUAAUCCUUAUUCUAGCACACAUAUUGAGAAGUAAUUCCACUACAGGGUGACUAUAAUUGCAAAGAAACUCUGGCAGAGAUAUGUAUUGUACAAUCACCAAAUGUGUAGGGAAAAAAGGAGAGGCAAGGGAAGAACUGAAAGGAAUUUGAGGAAGUUGGUUCCGUAUUCAUUCAAAGGCUGGAUGUGGAUCUUUGACAAAGAAAAAAAUCAUGCAAAGUCGUAUUCUUUAAUUAACUUGGAUGUGGUUCUUUUCAUCGGAAGGUGAAGCAUAAAACCAUAUUGCUUGUAAAAAGUGGAUAAGAUAAUUGAUGGAAGAGGAAAUUGGAGUUGAGCUACUCUUUUCAGAAAUUUCUAAGCGUUGGCAAUAAACUGCUUAAGUGUAAGAUUAAAAGAUUGUCAGACACUAUUCAUUCAAUUAUAAAAACUUAAGAGGGACACCUGUAAUUUACUACAUGUUGACAGCAUGAUUAGCGAUUUUAUUUAUUUAUUUAUUUUAUUUUUUUUUGGGGGGGGGGAGGCUUCAAAAAAUUGUACUUUUAAGUGACAUUGCAGAGCAAAUCUUCAAAGCUUUAAUUUUUUGACAUUGCCAUUCCCUGUUCAUUCCACUGCUUGCAGUUCAAUUAUUUGAUUGCAUAAUGCAAGUACCUAUAAUGAUGUAUCAUAGUAUUUGUGACUGAUUGCGACUCAGUUGGACCAAAUCUUCAACUGGACCAAUUAAAUGUCUUGUAGUCACAAAUUUAAACAUUUGCUAACUGAAUUUUAAAACAUUCAAAAAUCGAUGAUUAAUAAAAAAAGCAUAUUAUAGGAGUUCAGGGUGAUGGAGCAAAGCCAGUGUAAAAAAUUAUGAGCAGUUGAAACUAAGUAUAGAAUGUUUCCCACAGAUUAGUUCCAAAAAGAGGUAAUCUUUUUCAUGUUGACACUAAUAAUAAUAUCCAUGUCCUUGUUGCAGUUAUGUUUGCUAUGAGCCUGUAAUAAUAUCAUCAUGUCAAACAUUUGUGUACAUAUGCUUCUCAGGUCGUAAGUUUUGCCAGCCAUAUUGAGCAUGACUAGUAAUUUAUAUUUAAUAAAUUGUGUAGAGAUCACGCACCCGAGUUUCACAGUCUGAUGCCGGCUGUAUAUAUAGUACAUGCAGGAGAGCAUAUCGCUAUCAGGAUGUGAGACCCGGGUGUUGUAACAUGGCUGCCAAUUUUACAAUCAAACCCAAUUUAUUAAGUGUUAGUUUAUUAGUUGGGUCAGAAUAUAUUAAGGGGGAGGAGUAUGUUUGUGUAUAGGAUCAACUGUGCAACUUGAAUAGCUGUUUGUAAACAUGAUAGAAGUUGAGCUUAUUGCAGAGGUUGAACAAUUUUGUGUAGAAGUUACAUAAACUUUGUGGUGCUUUUCCAUAGUUGUGUUUAUAAGUAUGUUCACAUAAAAAUUCUAUCCUUGAAACUUACUGAAAUGCAACUUCUUUGUCAUCCAAAAUGGAGCACUGAAAUAAUCGGAAGUCUAUUUAGCUGAAGUUGAAGUGCAAAAACGAGUGAGUAACAUUCGUUAUCCCAGGCCUACAAUUGGACGUGAUUGAAUUUGUUCGCAGGUUGCAAAUUUUCUUAACAUGGCUUCUAAUGUAGGAGAAAGCACAGACGAAAGUCCUAUCAUUCAUACUUUGUUCUUUGCUAUAUGAUAGAUGAAAUGCAAAUUGCUGGUAAAUAUUACCAUGUGUUACAGAGGUUUUGUCUCUUUAUUUGAAUGUCAAAAACAUUUGUCAAUAAAUGGCGUAUAUAACAUGAA